AUGUUCGACACCCAGAAGUCGUCAAGGUUACAAUAUCUUGGAAAACUCGCUCAACACUUCCCGAAACCAUCCCGAGUCUGGUACCUAUACACCAAUAUCUGCAAAAGGAUAUUCAGCCGAAGGGUUCUUCUGUCGGUCAAUCCAGACAAGGCACUGCCCAUCGGUGGGUUGCACGGCACAGCGGCCAUCAACAGCCUCCCGCCUGUGGAGGGGGGAGCAGCGGGAAGAUCAUAUCACUAUACAACUAUGAGGUUUCCCGGAGUUUCUGAUACGUAUACUAUCAACGGAAGUAGGCGUCAGGAAAAUUGGUUUACGGACAAAACUUCAAAAGGACUGUUGGUACGGCAUGUUCAGAGGCGUACCUGGAUUGUGCCUUGGGCUGCGCGUAUAACAUAUGACCCAAGAGCUAACGUAUUUUCAACCGUCUACUUUUGGAGGAUGCAAAAUGGAGGUAGCAGAUGUGGGAGCGAACGAUGGCACUCCCUCCUCCAAUCUGAUGUGAUAUUGCAACAGACAUUGCAGCGUUCUCUCGGAAUCAUAUAUUCUCUUCCUGGUGCCAAAGGAACGGCAGAUCAACCUGCAUCAGUACAACUGCGCUCCAGUCCAGACUUUAGUCCUGAUGAUCUUGGAACCAUAAAUCGCAAGACGCGAACAAAAUCCGCACUAAAAUAUGACACGACAACCAUGCUUGAAACACCACAGAAUCAUAUUAGGGGAGACAUUCGAGAUCCACUCGAUAUAGUGAAAUAG